CCGAGCCUGCAAUCAGUUUCAGUUCACGGUGCAUGGCGAUGACUGUGUUUUGCUUUCUUGUUUUUAAAAAAUUAUUGGCUAAUAUUUCUGUCUCACAAAACGCAUUUCUGUUUUAGCAGGCUAGGUAAAUUGCUCGACGUUUCCAGCUAGCCGGUCGAACCCACCUUUGUCAAUUUGACAGCAGAUAGAAUGCUGUUUACACUGUGUACAUCCCAUCAGUGAAUUUAAGUGGUGGUAACAGGACGAGUGUAUUUUUGCAUGUUUUAGAUAUAUUCCGAGUUCAGUAACAAUUCGAGUGGAUGUUUUUCACUGAAGCAUAAACUGAAGUCGUCGCAGAAGGACAAGGUUCGUCAGUUCAUGUCCUUCACGCAGGCCGGUGAGAAGACAGCGGUAUACUGCCUCACACAGAAUGACUGGAAACUAGAGGUGGCCACAGACAACUACUUCCAGAAUCCAGACCUCUACCACAGGGAAUCCAUGAAAAACUCAGUGGACAGAAAGAAGCUGGAACAGCUUUACAACCGGUACAAAGACCCCCACGAUGAGAACAAGAUCGGGAUCGACGGGAUCCAGCAGUUCUGCGAUGACCUCACUCUUGACCCGGCCAGCGUGAGCGUGCUGGUGGUGGCGUGGAAGUUUCGGGCCGCCACCCAGUGUGAGUUCAGCCGGAAGGAGUUCCUGGACGGCAUGGCUGAACUGGGCUGCGACAGUCCCGACAAGCUGAAGGCGAUUCUGCCCAGGCUAGAGCAGGAGCUCAAGGACAGUGGGAAGUUCAAAGACUUCUACCAGUUUACCUUUAACUUCGCUAAGAACCCUGGACAGAAGGGGCUAGAUUUAGAGAUGGCUGUAGCUUACUGGAACUUAGUUCUGACUGGAAGGUUCAAAUUCCUGGACCUCUGGAACAGGUUUCUAUUGGAACACCACAAGCGCUCGAUUCCCAAAGACACCUGGAACCUGCUCCUAGACUUCGGCAACAUGAUUGCUGAUGACAUGUCCAAUUAUGACGAGGAAGCGGGAUAUUGCAAUGCAAAAGAACAGACCUUGGUUCUAUUCAUAGCAUCCAUACUACCACCAGACAUAUGCACCAGCCAGUCCACCGCUCUGUGGAGGGAAUUCCUGUGCCAUCAAACGACAGUUUUCAAACGGGCCUCAACCAGGGAGGUUUUUGCCUGGUGAAGUGUUGAGAUCAAGUUGGAACGAUGGGGGCGUGGCCUGUCCUCAUCGAUGACUUUGUGGAGUUUGCACGGCCAAUCGUAACGGGGGGCAAACACAAAACUCUAUAAACGCUGCCUGGCAACAGAGGGCUUUUAUCCCUUUAUUUUGACUUUUGUUGUUUUUUCUUUUUUUAAAGUGGCAAGAAAGAAAAACAAGAAGAAGAAAAAAUAAAUAAAAAAAACACUUGAAAUUGUGAAACCGCUCUACCGUCAGUAACACGAAAGGGCAGGGUGAGGACAACCAGGCAACCAAUCAGGCAGCGGAGUGGAAAGGAACCGCCUUUUUUUUUUCUUUCUUUCUUUCUUUGGCUGGAGUUGCUACACACACUGCAGCUGCCUCUACAGCGAGCGGGGGAGGAGGGGCCGACCGGCCCCCUUCGAAAAGCCACGCGCCACCUGGCACACGCCCGCCGUACGCUCCCGCCACCCCCAUCGCCGGGCAGCUCCAAUAGGGGGGGGCGCUGUGACUGCACCCCCCCCUCCCCGGGGAGCCCCCCCCCCGCCUGUGCUUGGGUUAUGUUUUGGGAGGAAGAGGAGGAGUGAGGGGGGUGGAGUGGCUGUAUGAUAUAGGGCAGAUUCUGCAUGCUUUUUUUUUGUACAGUGAACAGUGUUCAGGACACGUCUGUGAUCUUACUCAGACAGACAGUUUGACAGGGCAGCAUGCAGGUCAACCCCUGACAACACCAGCAGCGACGCUACAACUAAAGCUGUAAUAUAAUGUAUCUAUGUAGAGACUAUUAUAUAUACAUAUAUAUAUAUAAUAUAAAUUCAUGACAUAUAUAAGCAAAAGGUAUGAACGAGAAAAGUAUUUGUGGUGUAAAUUAAACCCUCAGUUAUACACUUCA